AUGGGGCGGGGGAAGAUCGAGAUAAAGCGGAUCGAGAACGCCACCAACAGGCAGGUGACCUACUCCAAGCGCCGGUCGGGGAUCAUGAAGAAGGCGCGGGAGCUCACCGUGCUCUGCGACGCCCAGGUCGCCAUCAUCAUGUUCUCCUCCACCGGCAAGUACCACGAGUUCUGCAGCACCGGCACCGACAUCAAGGGGAUUUUUGACCGCUACCAGCAGGCCAUCGGGACCAGCCUGUGGAUCGAGCAGUAUGAGAAUAUGCAGCGCACGCUGAACCAUCUCAAGGACAUCAACCGGAACCUGCGCACCGAGAUCAGGCAAAGGAUGGGUGAAGAUCUGGACGCGCUGGAGUUCGAGGAGCUGCGCGACCUUGAGCAAAAUGUCGAUGCCGCUCUCAAGGAGGUUCGCCAGAGGAAGUAUCAUGUGAUCACCACGCAGACUGAAACCUACAAGAAGAAGGUGAAGCACUCCCAGGAGGCAUACAAGAAUCUGCAGCAGGAGCUGGGCAUGCGCGAGGACCCGGCGUACGGGUUCGUGGACAACCCGGCGGCGGGCGGGUGGGAUGGCGUGGCGGCGGGCGGGUGGGAUGGCGUGGCAGCGGUGGCGAUGGGCGGCGGCUCGGCGGCCGACAUGUACGCCUUCCGCGUGGUGCCCAGCCAGCCCAACCUGCACGGCAUGGCCUACGGCGGCUCCCACGACCUGCGCCUCGGCUAA